UGGCUUUGUCACCGCCAGAACGAUUAGCUGCUUUGUCCCAAGGGCAUAAAGGUCAUGAGCUGAGUGAGUGAAGUCAGUCUGCUCUCAGACACCGACACAUCCUCGCCAUGUGGAGCUUCAUCGUGGUGUCCGUCCUCCUGGCAGCGGAGCUCCUCACUGCAGCCAGCGGGUGGGACAAUGAGCUGAAGGAAACGUUCACUGUCACGUGUCCAAGCAGCCAAGCGGUGUCUGGCCUCACCAGUCGCUACGAUGACCACAUGAAAGAUCGUCGUUGGGCAUUUUCGUGCAAAGCUUUCAACGUAAAGAGAACAUGCAAGUGGUCGAGGCCUGUGAACGAAGAUUGGGCGCCAAUGAACUUCAGAUGUGGAGCAAAUGAAGUGAUCGCAGGCGUCUACAGUGUCUACAGCGAGCUGCUCCAGGACAGGAAGUGGAGCUUUAACUGCUGCAGCUCUCCUGGCUUCACCACCUCCAGCUGCCACACCGUGAGCCACAUCAACUACUACCAGGAGUACUUCAGCUGGACGGUGGCCAGCGACCACUUCCUGAGCGGCGUGGCGAGCUCCUUCGACCGCAGCAGCCGGGACCGGCGCUGGAGUCUGACGUACUGCCAGGGCCACAGCCAGUGAAGACGCCGGGGAGGAGCCGGGCCUGGACCAGAGCUGCACCCUGAAGCUGCUGCUGCACCCUGAAGCUGCUGCUGCACCCUGAAGCUGCUGCUUCUCCAUGUGUGUGUGUGUGUGGGAGCUGCUCCAACCAACUCUCACUGACAGAUACGAGACAUCAGGACACAACUCUGGACCUGCUGAACUUAUGCAUAAAGUCUAUCAACACACCUCC